CAAGGCUCCUCUGUGGGUUUGGGUUUAAUUCACCGGUAAGCUCUGUUCCCCUGGGGCAGCACGCUGUAUUGUAUGCACCCGGCAGCCUCUGUCCUAGGGCACUCCCAUUUUCUCCCAAGUACAUCCCUUCCUAAGCUGAAAGAGGUGGCUCCCAAAGCCAGGGGAUGACUUCAGGCACAGCACUGGUGGCAGUUUCUUCUGGCAGAGAGUUCCCUCUCUCAGCUGUACUUUGGCAGUUUCUUCUGACCAAGGCGAAGCCUCCGGGGAGCCAGAAGCCUGCUCUGCUGUAUGCCAGACGUAGUACCAGAACUUGUCCUUGCAAAAUGAGCCAGCUUCCUCAGAAGAGCCCUUUGGCUUCCCCGUUGUCGGAGGACAUGACUUCCAGGGUAGAUUCCUUGGACAACUUGCCAAUGGAGAGCUUUUGGCUGGAAGUAGAGAACAUUAAACAGAGCACUGAAGCCGAGCAAGAGGAAUGCAGCCUUGCAGAUGUCAAAACACAAGAGGAGGGAGAAGCCGAAGCGGAGUGGCUCCAGGACGCGGGGCUCUCAGACCUCAUUGGGGACCAUGCCUCGGAAAACGACAACGCGCUGCUCUCCACCCUGACGAAGACCCAGGCUGCUGCCGUGCAGCGAAGGUUGGAUACCUACUCCCGCUCCCGGAGGAGGAAGAACAAGCCUCCUGUGAGGGAUGUCCGGGACAUUUUUGGAGUGGUUGGCUCUGGGGAGACGGUAACAGAAAAAGAGGAGCCUAGCCCAGAUCUGCUGUGGCACAACCUGCGGACUUCAAAUGUUCAGAAACCAGAUACCCAGGAUUACUCCUGCACAGUUCGGAGCCCUGGAAAAGAGGAGGUGUUCAACAUGGACGUUGCCUACUCAGAGCAAGCAGCUGUCCUGCUCAAAGGGUCAUUCCUGUCUGAAUCUAAAAGAAUAAAGGAUGGAAAUGUCCUAACUAAAUUUAAGAUCCCCAAGGGCAGACUAGGAGUGACCAGGAUUGGAGAUCUGUCUGCUCAGGACAUGAAGAAGAUCCCCACGCUGGCCCUUAUUGAACUAACAGCUCUUUGUGAUGUUCUAGGCUUUGAAUUGAAGAGAAACAAGGCAGCAAAACUGAAAACAACAGAGAAAAAACUCUUUGGAGUUCCACUCACCACCUUGCUGGAAAAUGACCAAAAACUGCUCCCCAACACUAAGGUCCCUCUCUUACUCCAGGCACUGCUGUCCUGUUUGGAAAAGAGAGGACUUGAAACAGAGGGCAUUUUGAGAGUUUCAGGGUCCCAGACUAGAAUCAAGAGCUUGGAACAGAAGCUAGAAAGGGACUUUUACACUGGCCUUUUCCGCUGGGAUGAAGUCCACCAGAAUGAUGUAUCUGGGCUACUGAAAAGAUUCAUAAGAGAGCUGCCUGCCCCACUGCUCACAGCAGAAUAUCUUCCUGCUUUUGCUGCUGUGCAAAAUAUUCCAGACCUGAAGCAAAGGUUGCAGGCUCUAAACCUCCUGAUCCUGAUCCUGCCAGAGCCCAACAGAAACACUCUAAAGGCUCUACUUGAAUUUCUCAGCAAAGUAGUUUCCAGAGAGAACAACAACAAAAUGAAUCUCUGGAACGUUUCCACAGUCAUGGCCCCAAACCUCUUCAUGCACAAAGGGCUGCCAAACAAGAUUCCCGAAGGGAAGGAGAAACAGCUGGCGGAGGGGGCAGCUGAUGUGGUGCGGAUGAUGAUCCAUUAUCAGGAUUUGCUCUGGACAGUCUCCUCUUUUCUGGUAGCUCAAGUGAGAAAACUCAAUGAGAGCAAUAGUAAAAGGUACCAGUUCUGUGACAAAAGGUUAAAAAAUCUGCUACGGAAGAUUCAUGCUGAUAAAGACAAAGUGGAAAAGAAUCAAGCAGAGCCUUCCAAGGUUGUGAAAGUCCACGCUUCCCUUCUCCUGAAGGAUUCGCUGGAAGUGCGUUUGAACAAUGCUACUAGAGUUGCUGAUGUCUUGAGGCAGUUUCAGAAGAACCUGUGCCAGAAUGGCUGGAAUAUUGUUAACACAGUCAACCUCCUCAAGAGUAACAACUCUGUGGAGGGCACAAACUUGCUCCUAUAUGAAGUGGGAGGCAAUAUUGGUGAACAUUGUCUGGAUCCAGACACUUACCUCUUAGACUUGUAUCAUAUCAAUCCUCAUGCUGAGUGGAUAAUUAAGCAAAACCCAUCAUAUCCUCGGAUGUUCUAAGGGAAGCGUGAGCAAAACAGCAUUUGGCUGAAGUUUUUGGAAGGCAAGAGAAAGCCAUAGAGAUAUUCCUGGUACAGUCGCAGACCUGGAUGUUGCUUGUGUCUUUGAAAGAAGAAACAGUUCUAUUUACUACUUCCAGGACAGCUGGCUGUGAGUGCAGGAGCGCACAUGUGAACAGGGGAGUCGAUAACCAGCACCAAUUAUCAUUACAUAGUAGAAUUUGUGGGAUUAUAAUUAUUCUUAAAUAAAAAGCCCUCCAAGCACCCUGCCAACAAAGCUACAGCUGUUCUACAACAAAGAGGAGCAGCAUCUCUUGAAGAUGGUAAAACACAUUUGUUUCUUCUGGAUUUGCUCUUCCUAUUGAUCACAUCUAUGUUUUGGAGGAGAGACAACCAGAUGCUGCCAUGGUACUCGUUAUAUACUUCCAGUGAGGUCCACUACUGGCUGCUGCACGUCACCAGCAGUUGUGACCCUGAGUUUCACUAAUAAGACUGUUUCUUACUGAAGAAUGAGAAAGGAUGCUUCCAAAAAUGCCAGGCGGGACGUAAGGCUGACAUCCUGUAUUUAAUAACUGCAGUUAAAUGCAUCUAUGCAACACAAGAAAAUGACUUUCCCUGGGAAACAGUAUGGGAUGGAUAGCAGCCUUUCAGCUGUACAGUUUGAUGGGGAGAUGGCUGUCCCUUGCAGGUCUGCUGGUAAUGCAAGAACAAAUGUGUAUGUUACUGUUGAUCAGAAUAAACCAAGUGUUUGUUUUGUUGGACAACCUACGUAUCGAACAGUUAACCAAGGAAAUACUCUGAAGGAUCUGAGGUUAGAAAUCUGAUCUGGCCACGUGAAAACCUCUUUCUGGAGGGUUCUGUGUGAACAUGACUGUUAAAGCAAAAACUAAGCUGUGCAGUGAAACAGAGGUCUGUGCAUCCAUCCAUCUGCUCACUGCAGUGGGUACCAGAUUGAGCCCGUCACCGCUCUGUUUGCAUCCCACACAACGUGGUCACUGGGGACUGAAGAGAGCCAAAGGGAGAGCAGAGCACUUGUACUGUAUCACUGCACAGUUGUCAUCUGACCUCAGCUCCAACGAGUCUGCAUUUCUGGAAGAGGAGUGCAGAAAUAGUUUUCUUUUGCAGCGAUGCUGAAAUGCCUCCCACGAGGGAUCCCACUAUGCAGUUACAGGGGGCGGAACAUGCACUGCUUCCGAGAAUCCUGACAUCCUUUUUUAUGCUGUUUUUAAAUACUGUUGGAUAUUUAUUCGUGUGGCCGAAGCAGGGCUGCCCUGCAAGUGUAUACUCAAAGUAUUUCGUUUGCCAAUUCCUAGCUGCACUAGUGACAAGCUCCAGUGUUAUUUCUGUUGUUUAACUGAACUCAUUUCCAUCGCAGUCUGAACUUUUCCUCCUCUGUUUUUAUUUCUCAGGCUGAUGUUUAGCUUUCCCUGUUCAUUAUCAUAUUCAUUAUCUCCAAGUCUUGAUUUUUUUUAUUGUCAGAGCACUUCAUUUUCUGGUUUGUCUGUGUGGUUAACUUCUCUUGGCGGUAAACAUCCUUGAGAAGUAGGUGAGCCACAGUCUGUUCCUUCUAACCUGUUGUGAGCAUGGUGUGAGUGAUGCUGAUGUCUUGAAAUUAUGCAGAUGUUAGAGUCAGUCUGCUUUUUAUUUUUGGUUAUGAUGAUGCAGAUGCACUGACUUAAGGGGUCAUCUUCAUAGUAAUUUUUUUUAAGAACCUAAUAGCAUAUUAAAAAAAAAACAAAAAACAACCCCUAACCCAGAACCCCAGUGUCAGGGCUUCUUGAGAUGCUUCUAUUUUCUUUUUCUUGUUUUUAAAUUGGGCCUAAAAGGGCCUGAUUGUUGUCCUUGAGAUUGGAUGCUCUGUGUCUCUUGAAACAUGGAGCUGCUAUAAAAUUGGGCAUUAAAAAUCAAAGGUACCUAUUCACUUGUCUCUUUUGGAAGUCUUUGUUGCAGUGAUGAAGCUCAGGGAAGAGCAAAUGCCAGAGAUGUUAUUCUCUAGGAAAUGCCCAAAGUGUCGUGGUGUUUUGGGAAAGACAGAAGAACCUGUUCCUGCUCCACGACACUUUGCAGGCCAAAAUGCAGCCUUGCAAAUCCUUGCAUUUCUCUUCACCACUUCUCUAUCGUGUGCUAGAUUUUUUUUAAAUUUUUUUCAUACUGGAUGGAAAACACUGCAUCGAUGCUUCUGUGAACAGCAGCAGGGUGGGGUUUUUUGUGGGUUUACUUUUUUUUUUUUGAACACCAAACAAUGUGAAUCAGCACUGUGAUAAACAUGCUUGGAGGACCUCAAGACAAAUAUCAGUUCUCAAAUAUACUUGGAAAUGUAAAAACAAACAAAAAACAUCUCUUUCCAGGCGAUGGAUAUCCUUUCCUUUUUCCCCUAAUUUUGUACCAAAGAGCAAGUAUGAAUUUCAAACAGUCGCUGAUGUGCAACCUGCUUUUGGAUGCUGGCUUUUCAUAACUUUUGGGUUUGUUUUUUUUUUACAGAUUUUUAAUUCUGUAUUUAAAAUUCAUUUAAUCGGUGGAACAAUAAAAACGCAGUCAAA